UGUUGCCCCUGGCAGAUCAUUUUUGAUCGAAUAACAAAGCUUUGCCGAUCAUCGCAUUUUCUAACUGGCCGACAAGACUGACCGAACGGUCUAACGGAUGUCAAAAGUCUGGCGAACAGAUGUACAGCUUGCUAAGCCACAUCGUAUUUGAAGAUAUCUACGGCGGAAUGAUGCGUUUGUUCAUCAGUUUGUUGUGCGCUACAGUUCUGCAUACUUUUGUCCCAUACGAAAAGUGUGAUGCGAGCUCUUCUACCAGAAGUCAAGAAUGUUUUCCUGUACCCAAUACGACCUGCGCUUGGGAAGAUAGAGAUGGGAAUAUCUUUAAUCUAGCCCCAUUCAUAAGAGGCUUCGUCGCAAAUGGUACACCUCAUGGAAAAUACGAUCAAUACUAUUCGUACGCGUACAACCCAUGCAGAUGGAUCAGUUUAGCCGGUGAAUGUGAUCGGGAUAAAGAAACAGCAAUAUGUAGGUGGACUCCAAACAACGAUAAUCCUGACAAUUAUCAAUCAAUUGGAAAUAAAAUGCCAAAAUGUACCAAAGUGAGCAAUUUUAUUCAACUGACCUACAAAGCAGGGGGACGGCAUCUUCAGAGUCUAAAGUCCAUUGUCAAUGUGAAGUGCGAUCGGACCAAAGUAGACAUCAAGGAUGCAACCUUUAAAGUAAUCAAUGAAGAUUACUGGAAAUUUGAGCUGGAUCACUUGUGCGGUUGUGAGAAUGCUUGUGUUUCUAGGACUUCCCUUAGCCUAGCAGCGGAGGAACAUUCGCACAUUGUGGAAAUUGUGGCUCCAACCGCUGGGGUGAUUGUACUACUGGUGGUCCUUGCAGGGCUUUUUUUAUGGUGGAGAAAGAGGGGGAACAACCAAGAUGAUGAAGAGAGGCGACCAUUGCAACAGGACGGCCCAGGCCAGGACGGUGCCCAUAGAAUCCCCGAUGCACCCCCUGAAAACAUGGAAAGGAGGCCACCAUCCGUUGCUCUACCACGAAGCAAAAACAACAACCUUAGCUUAACUAUUUGAGUACCUAUUGUUAAGGGAAAGGGAACCUUCUAAUAGCAUGUAUUUUUUGAUACGAGUACCAGACCAUCGCCCCCUUGGGAUAACUUCCUUUGGUAUUACCUGUCAAGUUGGUUUUGUUGGUAGCUUUUGUGUUUUAAGUAAUUUUUGUAUUCAUGACCAGCUUUGCGUCGGAAAAAAUAAAUAUGUAAAUUAGCUGGCUGCACAUUUUGAAGACGGUCAGCGGUCAGGAGCCAAGAUGGACGUUUCAUUUUGAGCUCCCGCUUCUAUCUGUCUUUUUGUUAUUAAUUUUAACUGAAAUAAUGCCAAAAGAGUUAGUUACUUCACUAAAGCAACAAAAACAAGAUUUAAAGGAUAAGGUCGACGCCCUUUCGAAGGAAAUAACGCAGCUGAAAGAGAAGGUUCGGGUCGACUCGGCCAUUACCUUUGGUGCUGAAGCAGCUGCUACGUCUGGUAAAAGCAUUAAUAAUGCUUCGAAUGAUGAAACCGUGUCUCGUAGUCUACAAUAUCUGAGCGACGAAUACGACGACCUCUCAGCGUCUAAUUCUGGUGUCGUUGAUCAACUCAAGGCAUUAAGCCGUCGUCUUAAUAAGCUUAGCGCUGAAGUCACACGUGUUGGCAACGCCAUUGACGAGGUUGAGGAAUAUAGCUAGCAAUUUAAUGUAAAAAUAAUUGGCCUGCCAGAGAAAAGCAGUGAAACCGCAGCUGAAACAAGCGCCCUGUGUGUAAAAUUAUUCCAGGAGAUGGGGGCAGAAGUGUUUCUGUCGGACAUUGACAUUGCUCAUCGCGUCCCCUCGAGGCAGCAAAAUGGCGCUCCGAAACCGGUCAUCUGUAAAUUUGU